CGCAAUCAAAUCGCACGUGCCCGCGAACUUUGAGGCAAUACAAAUAAUCCAAGAUACGAAUAUAAUCUCUUUAAGAGACCGCGCGUGCCCGCAAAAAAUAAAAGAAGUGUGUGUGUGUGGUAAAACACAAAACUGAAAACUGAAUCAAUUUCUGUGCAGAGGCAGCCGGAAUUAUGCCUCGCCAGCCUCGCCGUCGUCUUGCUGUGCAUUGAAAUCGAAAUCGAGUCCAAUGACCAGCUCUCGAGCUGGUGCCUAAGAAAGAGUUUUGCACUUUGAGAUCAGUAGUCGUUCCGCCGGUCAACGAGCAGGCCUUGACCCAAAGCCCAAAGCCCAAAGAAGAGUUCGGAGAUUGCGCUUUUAUAGCCCAGUUAUAUAAUCGCAGUUGCACUUGUAAUUUAAACUAAAAGUAGCAAAAAUAAAAAAACCAAAAAAAAAUGUGGCUAAAGUGUGUGAGGAAACCGAAAAGUGAAGAGUUUUGGCUGCAGCUGCUCUGCGUGAGUUUUACACUCUCCCGCCUGGAAUUCGCCGCUGGCCAAAAUGCGGGAGUUGUGGCUGCUGCUGUGGCGGCUGGUCAAAACCAGACGCAGGUCUAUGUGACAGAUUCUUGCCUCCAGAAACCGUACCGCUGUCCACAUCCAAAGAUCCAGUUCUAUUUGUAUACGAGACGCACCCAGGAACAGCCGGAAUUCAUAGAUGUCCUCGAUGCGAAUGCUUUGUACUACACGCACUUCAAUCCGCGGCAUCCCACCAAGAUCAUAAUCCAUGGAUUUGGAGGCGGCAGAACCUUGAGCCCCAGUCCGGAUCUUCGAGAGGCGUACUUCAGUGUGGGCGAGUACAACAUCAUCAUUGUGGACUAUGCCGAUGCCGUGAAGGAACCCUGUCUGAGUCAGAUGGACUGGGCACCGCGAUUUGGCAGCUUGUGCAUUUCCCAGCUGGUAAAGUACCUAGCUCGUCAUCCGCGUGGCGUUCAGCCGGAUGAUCUGCACUUUAUCGGGUAUAGUGUCGGUGCCCACAUCGCUGGUUUGGUGGCAAACUAUUUGAAACCCGAGGAGGGAAAGCUGGGCCGGAUUACCGCCCUGGAUCCAACGAUAUUCUUCUAUGCGGGCGCGAAUAACUCAAGGGAUCUGGAUACCACGGAUGCCCACUUCGUGGAUGUCGUCCACACAGGAGCUGGAAUCCUCGGGCAGUGGCACUCCAGUGGUCAUGCGGACUUCUACGUCAACGGAGGCACCAGACAGCCGGCUUGCGUGGGAUCAGCCACUUUGUUUCAAACUUUGGCCUGUGAUCACACGAAAGUCACGCCAUACUUUAUUGAAUCCAUUACGACGACUCGAGGAUUUUAUGCAGGUCCAUGUCCCAACUUGUUCUCCUACCUGAUAGGCUGGUGUGAGCCCAAGGAUUCGGAAUAUGUCCUAAUGGGCGAACACUGCUCUCACAAAGCUCGAGGGAACUAUUAUGUGACCACCAAUGCCAAGGCGCCCUUUGCUCGGGGUUUUCCGGGUAAAGGGCGAUCCAAUGGAGAAUACCAGGGAGUGAGAAGAUAAUGCUCUUCAACUUGGCCCAGUCGAUAAAUGAUUUUGAUAUACUAAUUUGUAUUUGAACCGCCUACACUUAGGCAACUUUAACACCGUAGCACUCAUGUGAUUUUAGAUUGUUUCCUAAUUGAUACCUAUUUAUUUCAUAUUUUUGUUAUUAGCUCUAACUUCAGCCAUUUUUUGUUGGGAGCUGGGAGUGGACCGAGUCCCAAUCUCAAGUGUUCCGGGACUUGUACAAACAAA